CAAGUAUGCAGGCGGACAAGCUGCGGGCGCUGCAGAGUUUCUCUCACUCACCAAAAGCUUAGCAUCCGAGCUUUUAUCAUUUUCAGUCUUUGCUCCCCCUGUCGAUACCUAUUGCUCCCCUCCGGUCGAACGUGUCUUCAAUUGGCGUGCUUGCCAAAUUACUUGUCUACACUUACCUCCUCUAAACGAAGCUCCCGUCUCCCCCGUCUUUUCGCUCAGCAGCAGAGCGUGUGUGUGUCUCUCACUCCUAGAGCAAGCCGUGUAGAGCAUCCCUACGUUUGACAUCAUGGUCGUCCUCGCAGCUUCAAUAUGCACCCGUGGCGGGAAAGCUGUCCUCUCACGCCAAUUCCGCGAAAUGCAGCGCUCACGGAUCGAAGCGCUCCUGGCCUCUUUCCCCAAACUCGCUGACUCGCAAACCCAGCACACCACGUGCGAGCAGGACAAUGUGCGCUACGUCUACCAGCCCCUCGACGAACUCUACAUGGUUCUCAUCACCAACCUGCAAUCCAACAUCCUGCAGGACAUCAACUCGCUGCACCUUUUCGCCCAGGUGGUCAGCAGUGUCUGCAAGAGUCUGGACGAGCGCGAGAUCCUUAAGAAUGCGUUUGAGCUGCUGAGUGCGUUUGAUGAGAUUGUAACGUUGGGCUAUCGGGAGAAUUUGACGCUGAGUCAGAUCAAGACGUUCCUUGAUAUGGAGAGUCACGAGGAGCGUAUCCAGGAGAUCAUCGCCAGGAACAAGGAACUCGAAGCCUCCGAGGAACGCAAACGCCGUGCCAAGCAGCUCGAAAUGCAGCGGAAAGAGAUGUCGAGGUCAUCGCGCGCAGCUGGAGGAGGCAUGGGCAUGGGCGGUGGCUCGUCUCGCACGCCGACCUACCCAACAUUCACCCCCAGCGUGCCCACCACGGUCCCGGACACGUACGACAGCUACGAAGCCGAAAAGAAGAAGGCCAGCAAACCCCUCGCUCUGGGCAAGAAGGGAAUGCAGCUGGGCAAGAAGUCCAAAUCGACCAACAUCUUCGAGCAAGUCGCAGGAGACCUCCCACCAGAAUCCGAGCCCUUAGUCUCCUCUCCCAAGGCCCCUACCAGCACAACCACCGCACCAGCCCCCUCCAGCGCCCGCCCCUCGACAUCCCUCGACCGCGAAGCUGUCCACAUUACCAUCUCGGAACUCAUCUCCGCGCGGCUAGACCGCGAAGGCCUCCUCAAGACUUUUGAAGUAAAGGGCGAAAUGCAGCUUAAAAUCAGCGAUCCUGCCUUCACCCAAGUCCAACUCGAUCUCCGCGCCGGCGCCACGCGUGGCGCUCAACUAAUGACGCAUCCGAAAGUCGACAAAGCCGUGUUCAAAACCGCUAAGAAGAUUCAACUCGCCGACACUACCAAAGGCUUUCCUGCAAACAUGGGCAUCGGCGUCAUGAAAUGGAAACUCGCACCCAAGCCUGAAGAUAUCUCUGACCCACCCAUCACAUUCCGCGUCUGGGUUGAGGAAAGCGGGAAAAUGUUCAAUAUUACCGUUGAGUAUGAACUCACAGGCAGCGACGCACUGAAGGAUGUAUCCGUGACAAUCCCAUACUCGACAGAUGAGCCGAACGUCUCUUCCUUCGACGCCGUGUACGAAGUCAGCGGCGAUAGCUUGGAGUGGAAUAUCGGGGUUGUGGACGACGAGAAUGCAUCUGGCAGUUUUGAAUUCGAGGCCCAGGCCGAUAGCGAGGCAGAGUUCUUUCCCAUGCGCGUAAGGUUUAGUAAGACGACGCCGUUUGUCGAUGUUGAUGUCUCAUCCGUCACUCUCCUCUCCAUGAACCAAGACAUCAAUUUUUCAAAGGACAUCAAAUCUGUCGCCGAUAUCUACGAGGUCGCAUAAACCCCACCGCAGUACCUUGCAAGACGAGAACUAGGAGACUCAAUUGAGGAACGGGUUUGAGAUAGACAGACAAAGAGUAAUACCAUGAAAAUGAAUGCAAAACGAAUAGACCCGAUAUGUUCAAUCACACUCUGAUAGCUUGUACACAUUCAUAGUAUUACUAACGCGAU